UACGGUUUGCAAAAGCCGGCUUUCUGUGCUCCAGAGCUCUCUAGCAUUUUGUUCAACGUCGGGUGGCAUGGCGGCAGACGAAGCUCAACUAAUCUACGAGUUGCGAAAUGUUGGGUACGAUGGACCGUUCCUCGAUCAAAACUAUGCAUCGACGGCAAUAUUUGCCGGUCCGCAGAGUGGCGAGUUUCAGGACGCUGUUAUCUGGCUGACGGAGGAAAUCAGGGUACUAGGGAAGCUGGAUGAGCGGGUAGGCAAGAGCGACGAUGCUAGUUCGUUCGUGCUGGAGCUGUCGGCGUUUCUGAAGGAGCUUACCUGCCCGUACUCGAGCUUAACUUCCGGCCACGUAUCGGAUCGGUUGCAAACGCUCGAAUCGAAGCUGCUGCUGCUGGAUUAUUUGAUUAACGAGCUGAUGGCAUUCAAAAUGCUCGAAUCACUGAAACCGAAGGAAAAGUCGAACGUCAUUACGCUGCACGAAUCACCAACCGCGGCAGCACUGAAGGACAUCUGCAUUACGCUCGGGAUGGGAAAACCACCGAACAAUGUACCACCGAAAGCACUGUUCGAGCGGAUUAACGCGAGUCUGGACGAAACGAUUCGAAAGGCGGGAGAAAACCGUCUCAGCAAACCGUUGUUCAAUCCGAAGGAACGGCUAACGGUGGAACAAUGGGCCAAGCUGGAAAAGUUGCAGAAGGAUCUGGACAAUGAGUAUGAUUUGCGAAGAAAGAUGCUGCUCACACGGUUGGAUGUAACGAUUCAGAGCUUUAAAUGGUCAAAUCGUGUAAAAGACAAGGAACAGAUCAUUGCGGAACGGUAUGCCGAGAAGCGGAAGGUGCUUGACGGUUUGGAGAUUGGUGGACGAGAUACGGAUAUUGCGGCGUUGCUAGCUGCCCGGGAAACGCUUGCCAUCAUCGAGAAGACGAGCAGUGCGUCCGUGCGGAAGAACACAAAGAGCAAGAUUCAGCGCCAUAUUAUUGGACGUGUGCCGGAUCGGGGUGGACGGGCGUAUGAACACAAUCCACCGCCGUUGGAAAUGCCGUCCUGGCAAACGCAGCGCAAUACUGGCGGUGGCGGUGGCGGCCGUGGAGGGUUCGGUGGUGGCAGGGGUGGCGGCAGAGGUGGUGGUGCCGGCGGUGGAGGAUUCCAGCAACAGCAGGGUAGCUACAACAACAGCAAGGGCUUCAAUCAGGGUGGUGGAGUAGGUCAAAAUUAUCACCAGGGCGGUCGAGGUGGCUACAGCCAUGGAGGUGGUGGCAAUGCCGGGAACAGCAAUGGCAGUGGUGGCGGUGGUGCUGGAGGCUUUCACCAGGGAGGUGGUGGCGGUGGCGGACAUAAUCAGAAUCGAGGAAGUCGUGUGCAGGGCGGCUGGUCACAAUCUCAGCAAGAUUAUAAUCAUAGCGGUUACGGAUCGGGUUCGGGACGCAGUAGCUACAGCGGUAACAGCGAUCAGUACAGUAACCAUUCGGGCAGCAGUCGUGCCAGUUACAAUGACCAUCAUCGUGGUGGGGGUGGAGGCGGUUAUAGCGAUCGUGGUUAUGGCGGAGAUCGCGGUGGUUAUGGUGGAGAUCGCGGUGGAGGUUACGGUGGUGACCGGGGUGGCAGUACCGGGUAUGGAGACAACCGUAACAACUACGACAAUGAGUACAAUAGUCGGGGUGGUGGCCGUGGAGGUGGUGGUCGUUCAAAUUACAAUCGAGGGGGUGGACGACGUUAAGAAACACCUUUCAUCACGUUCCAUUCGCAUUUUCAAUUCGUUUCCUGCCAUACAGUGAGAAUGUGGCACAUAGCGUACAUGUUCCGUUCAUUAAACCAUCAAUAAAUCUUUGGUUGC